CUUGUUCUCAACAGCUAGUGCCCCCUCAAGGGGGGUUUCAGCGCCAUGGCGGAGGAGGAGGAUGCGGCAUCACCGACCUCUGGCUUGAAGUUCAACAAGGCAGAGGCCAUGGAUACCAUGCAGAUCCUAGAAGAUCCGAUCUACGCAAGGGAGGUGGUGGCGUACACCAACGCUGUGAAAGCAGCUGAGCAACAUGCUCAAGACGAACAGGUACAGUAUUCAUUUUGCUUUGCCAUGGCCUUUUGUGCAACACGCUAUCCAAACAUAGUAAUUAAGGCUGGAGGUUUGAAGGGCAUUUUAAGGGCUAUGGCGCGAUUUCCAAAAAAUGAGCGGCUUCAGGCUGAAAGUUGCGAAGCUCUUCGCAAUAUUGCUGAGAUGCCAGAUGGUGCUGAUACCCUGCUAGGGACCAAUGCCAUGGAGGCGGUGCUCGAUUCCAUGCGAAUGAAUGGGCAGGCCGAAUGGGUCCAGCAGGAAGGGUUUGGCUUCAUUUGCCGCAUGGUGACGGAGUCCGAUGGUGCUCGAGACCGGCUCUUCAAGGGAGAUGGCCUUCGAGUUAUCAUGGACGCCAUGGAGUCGUUCCCAAGGGCCAGUUGGGUGGCACUUUGGGGAUCACAGGCACAGAUUGCAAUGUUCUCUCGGAAUAAGGCCCUGCGUCGUUUUGCAGAACUUGAUGCACAGCGUUUGCAAGACAUUGGUGCCUUUGAUUUGGUCAUGCGCGCACGCAAUGCCAAAGCCUUCGCUAAAGGAUGCCCGGCCGUGAAGCAAUCAACGGUGGAUUGCCUCAAGUUGGCACCUCCAAGGCCAAGAAGCAAGGAAGAUGAAUGACAAGA